AGCUGAGAGGAAGGUGGGAACUUGUGCAGCUAUGGACAGAUCUACUGUUGCAAAGAUGGGAGCUGUGGCUAGUGCCAGUAUGUGCGCUCUGGUUGGAGGAGUGGUGCUGGCUCAGUACAUUUUUACUACCAAAAAGAAGAAUGAGAUGAUGCCUGAAUUUGAAAAAAAAACGGUCCAUAUAAAGAAUCCUACAAAAGUAGAAGAGAUAAUAUGUGGUCUAAUAAAGAGGGGAUCCUCCAAACUACAGGUAAUCACAGAUUUUGAUAUGACAUUAAGCAGAUUUUCCUACAAUGGGAAGAGAUGUCCUACUUGCCAUAACAUAAUCGACAACUGCAAAUAUGUUACAGAUGAAUGCAGAGCAAAGUUGCUUCAGCUGAAGGAAAAAUACUAUGCAAUUGAAAUAGAUCCACACCUUACAAUAAAAGAGAAAUAUCCAUUUAUGAUUGAAUGGUAUGCAAAGUCGCACGCGUUAUUAAUUGAACAACGUUUACAGAAAGCCAAACUGGCAGAAGUUAUAAGGGAAUCUGAUGUCAUGCUCAAAGAAGGUUUUGAAACCUUUUUUGAUAAGCUAAAUGAACACAGUAUCCCAGUAUUUAUUUUUUCUGCGGGAUUUGGGGAUGUUUUAGAGGAAGUCAUCCAACAGUCUGGAGUUUACUUAUUUCAUCUUGUUUUUCUAAAUUAA